AUGAUCAGGAUCUUCCCGGACUUCAGCGUGCAGGUGACGGCGGCUCCAGGAGCUGGAGGGGCUCCUCCCGAGCCUGGGGCGGCCAGAAGCGGGGGUGCCAACGGGAGCCACUCGCACAAUGUGCCCGGGGUCAGCUCCUACCAGCAGCGGGGAGCCUCCAGGCCUAUGACUGCAUGUCCCAUCCCUUGUCCUCCAGACCUCAACUUAAGUUUACAAGCCCUGCGGAAAGAGAAAUCCAGGGAUGCUGCUCGCUCUCGACGUGGAAAAGAAAAUUUUGAGUUUUACGAGCUUGCCAAACUGCUUCCUCUCCCUGCAGCCAUCACCAGUCAACUGGAUAAGGCCUCCAUCAUUCGGUUGACCAUCAGCUACCUAAAGAUGAGAGAUUUUGCCAACCAGGGAGACCCGCCGUGGAACCUACGCAUGGAAGGCCCACCUCCCAACACCUCUGUCAAAGUUAUAGGAUCCCAGAGGAGAAGAAGCCCUAGCUCUGUGGCCAUUGAUGUUUUUGAUUCUCAUCUUGGGAGUCACAUCCUACAGUCUCUGGACGGAUUUGUAUUUGCACUAAACCAGGAAGGAAAAUUUUUGUACAUUUCGGAGACUGUGUCCAUCUACCUUGGCUUGUCUCAGGUGGAGCUGACAGGAAGCAGCAUUUUUGACUAUGUUCAUCCAGGCGACCAUGUAGAGAUGGCAGAGCAACUUGGCAUGAAACUUCCCCCAGGGCGUGGACUUCUCUCACAGAGUGCCAAUGAUGAUGGAGCCAGCUCAGCUUCAUCAUCCUCACAGUCUGAGACCCCAGAGCCAGUGGAGUCCUCCAGCCCCGGGAUCCUCCCUCAGGACAACUCUCUAGAAAGGUCUUUCUUCAUUCGGAUGAAGUCAACUCUGACUAAGAGAGGGGUGCAUAUUAAAUCCUCGGGGUACAAGGUGAUUCAUGUAACUGGACGAUUGCGUCUCCGUGUAUCUCUAUCUCAUACUCGCUCUGGUACUGGACAGGUCAUGGGCUUAGUGGUUGUGGCUCAUGCACUCCCUCCUCCAACCAUCAAUGAAGUCCGCAUUGACUGCCACAUGUUUGUAACACGAGUCAAUAUGGACCUCAAUAUAAUAUACUGUGAAAAUAGGAUCAGUGAUUACAUGGACCUUAAUGCUGUGGAUUUGAUGGGAAAAAGAUGCUAUCAUUUCAUUCAUGCAGAAGACGUGGAAGGCAUCAGACACAGCCACCUAGACCUGUUGAACAAGGGCCAGUGUGUAACCAAGUAUUAUCGAUGGAUGCAGAAGAAUGGCGGCUACAUCUGGGUGCAAUCUUGUGCUACCAUUGCAAUCAAUGCUAAAAAUGCCAAUGAGCGAAACAUCAUCUGGGUCAACUACAUCCUCAGUUUGCCUGAAUACAAGGACAUUCCAAUGGAUAUUGCUCAGCUUCCACAUUUGCCUGAAAAGACAUCAGAAUCCUCAGAGACCUCUGACUCGGAUUCAGACUCCAAGGAUAAUUCAGAGGAUAAUGAUAAUCCCAAGUCAGAUGGAAAGGGUAACCUGUCUGAGCAGAGUGAGGAUCCAGAGCCAGACCGUAAACAACCUGGUCAACAUUCUGAUCCAGAAAUGAAUUGCGAUGAAGAUGCUAACAGCUCAAGUGAUGCUUGUAGUGAGGAGAGUGAAGAAAGUGAAGACUGUGAGGUUAGAAAAGCAGCAGAAGAGAUGGAACAAGGAGGCCUAAGUACAUUAGGAAGUAUUAGUUCUUUGGGAGCACUUGGUCCCAUGCACAUUAAAGUAGAGCGAUACACUGAAAGUGAAACAGACAUGCGUGGACCUGAAUCCCUGAGUUCUGGCAGUGCCAAAGACUCUGAGAGUGGAGAGGAGGAAGAAGAGGAUGAUGAGGAGAGAGCAGUCUGUGUCUCUGGUGUGCUAGGUAGACACCAACGGAGAAAAAGGAGGCGGAGAAAGAGUUUAGGGCAGUGUGGUGGCCGCAGGAGACGUCUGUCUGGGGGAUCCAGCCCCAGAGGAAUAGAGGGAGCACUAGGGGAUCCUCCAAGACUGCUUCCUUCCACUCCUCCCCCAACAGGCACCUGUUCUACGUCAUCUGUGCUAAAGAUCAAGACAGAAAUGGCAGAACCUAUUAACUUUGAUAAUGACAGCAGUAUUUGGAAUUUCCCGCCUAAUCGUGAAAUCUCACGCAAUGAAUCCCCUUAUAGUAUGACCAAGCCUCCAGCAGGGGGUGAGCACUUCUCCCCAUCCCCAUCAUCUUCUACUGCUGCACCUCCAGCCCUUCAUGUCUCUAUACCAGACUCUGUUCUCACACCCCCAGGUGGGACGGAAGGAGCUGGGCGCAGCAAAGCGCAAUAUUCAGGAUCCUCAGGAGGCUUGGGUCCUGUUAAUUCAGAUCCACUUUCACCUCCACUGUCUGCCUCACCUCGCGAGAAACCUCCCCAAACAGGCGGCCCAUCAAAUUCUCUUCUGUAUGCAGGAGAGUUAGAAGCACUACAAAGGCUUCAGGCUGGCAAUGUGGUCCUUCCUCUUGUGCAUCGUGUUGCAGGAACCCUUGCAGGAACAGGAAGCAGUGGACAGAGGGUGUACACCACAGGCACCAUUCGUUAUGCCCCAGCUGAGGUGACAUUGGCCAUGCAGGGCAAUCUGCUCCCUAAUGCCCACCCUGUGAACUUUGUGGAUGUAAAUGGUCCUGGAUUUGCUCUAGACCCCAAAACCCCAAUGGAGAUGCUGUACCACCAUGUACACCGACUAAACAUGUCUGGUCCAUUUGGAGGAGCGGUGACAGGUGCUGGUCUUACCCAGGUCCCUGCUGCCAGUGUCUUCACUACAGCUGAAGGAAUUUUCUCCUCUCUUCCAUUCCCAGUGUACAGCAAUGGUAUUCAUGCAGCACAGACUCUAGAACGUAAAGAAGACUGAGAAAAACAAAGAGGAAAAUGACUGAAAGAGAGAAAGAAGAUAAAAUAGACUUCAGAGAGCAGAGAAAGACGAUAUAUAAUAAUUCAGAAUGUAGGUGGCUUUGUACUGGUGUUAGGGGCAGCUAAACCUGGCCACCCCAUGUCUCCUCCGCUGCUCCCUAAUCCAAAGCCGCAAGAGGAAGAGGUGGUCUUUCAGACUCAAUCCGAAUUAAUAAUAUCCUCCAAAACAUAUUGGGACCACUCGCCCUGUCUUCCACAUUUCAUACUUAGCUGGGCUGCAUACAAUAAAUGUUUCUCCAUCAGCCUCCUUUUCUGCGGCUUUGGUUUAGCUGGCAGAUGCCUCUCCGGGGACCGCUCGCACUGUGCCCUUUGCUCUGUCACUUAGAGGAGGGAGCAACGGCUGCAUUCUGAUCCUUUACAACAUAAAUUUAUUCCAGCACUUUGACUCACAUCUCAAAUUCCCUCUUUUGACCCGAAACCUUUAUGGGCUUCUUUUACUCCUCACCCUGUCACUGCCAAAAUACUGAGACAUUGAAUGUGUUGUAAUGUUUAUUUCUCAGAAUGUUUGGACCUCUCCUUCUCUGCUGCUAGACAUUGGAGCCAUUAACUUUUUAUUUACCAGAAGAACAGUACCAUGCAUUACUUCUCUGGCAAGGAAAGAGGUGGCAGGCAUGCACUACUAGAUGAUGGAAGUAUAGUCAGCCUUGCAUUGACCCCCAACAUUGCAAAAGGGUGUUGACUGAAACAGUCCUGUAAACACCUGUGUAUUGAAGUUAACAAAGAUGCCUUUUCAAGGGAAAUGUUAUGGGUGUGUAUAUUUUAUCAUACACACGUCACGUGCAGGAACAGAGAGUUUUCCCCACCAGGUUCACAUACUGUGACAAAGAUGUGUGUAUGAAUUCUCCUAACCACAGGAUACA